AUGAGUAAAACUAAUAAAGGAAAUUAUGAAAAAGCUCUUCAACAUUACGAACAUUCAUAUGACAUGUUAAUAAAUGCUGAAAUUCCACGCGUUGAAGUAUCCGCUUUUGUACUGAAUGAUAUUGGCACUAUUUUUACCAUAAGAGGACAAUAUGAUCAAGCUUUGGAGUAUUAUAUGCAUUCUAUGAAAAUUAGUGAAGAUCAUUCGAAUUAUUCCAGCAUAGCUGGUUGUCUCGGAAAUAUUGGCAUAGUUUAUCGUAUAAAAGGUGAAUAUGAUUGUGCAUUAGACUAUCAAAUGAAAUGUCUUAAGAUGAAAGAACAAUAUAUUCCUAGUGAACAUAAAGAACUAGCCAGAAUAUUGAAUCAUAUUGCUGCAGUAUAUAAUGAUAUCGGUGAUUUGACUAAUGCAAUGAAAUAUCAUCAAGAAAGUUUAAAAAUGAAUGAAAAAUGUCUUCCAAUCGGGCAUUACAACAUUGGAUCCAGUUUAAAUCAUAUUGCUCAUGCAUUCACUAACCAACGAAAAUAUGAUGAUGCCUUAAAUUAUUAUAUGGCUUCGUUAAAAAUUAAAGAAACUAUCUUUCCAAAUGGACACAUUAGUAUUGUUAAAACUUUAAUUAGUGCUCUUGAAUACUUUAGUUUAGUUUUAAUUAAACAACAAAAAUAUGAUGAUGCUUUGACAUAUUUAAUGCAUCCUCUCCAUCUUGCUCAAACUCUGCUACCUUUCGAACAUGAAGAUAUAACUGAUUGUUUCACUAAUAUUGGUAUUGUUUAUCGUGAAAUGGGUGAUUAUAUCAAAGCAUUUGAAUAUUUUGAAAAAGCGUCAAACAAUGACGAUAUCAAUCCUACAAAACCGAGUCCUAUUCGACUAGCUCGUAAUUACGAGAACAUGGGUAUUUGUUUAUAUGAUCAUGGUGACGAUGAAAACGGAUUGAAAUAUCGCAUGAAAGCUGCCAGAUUAAUUAAUCAAACCACCCCUCGUAGUCAACAUGCUGAUUGGAUAGAUACGAUUGGAAAUGUAUUUAGUGACAAAAAAUUAUUCGACAAUGCUUUAGAAUGCUAUUUAAUAAGUUUAAAUAUGAAAUUGGAAUGUUUGCUAGAAGAUCAUGUUGAUAUAGCAGAAAGUUUCAUGUAUCUGGGUGAUGUUUAUAACGAAAAAGUGAAUGUCGAAAAAGAGGAAUACAAAUUUAAAGCCCAAUCAUACUAUGAACGAGCAUUGCUAAUUUAUCAAAAAUGGAAUCAUUCGAAUACUGUUUAUAUCUUCAAUUGUAUUGGUGGCAUUUAUGAAAAUAUCCAUGAAUAUCGAAUUGCCGUUGAAUAUUAUGGAAAAUCAUUAGAGAUGGCCGAGAAAUAUUAUCCCUCAAAUGAGUCGGUUCAACAAAUAUAUAAAAAUAAUAUUCCUCGUGUUGAAUUGGUUUUGAAUCAAUUGAUUGAAAAAGAUGAAUAG